AUGGCGAUACUCACUGACGAUGGCAACUACGAUGCCGGCGAAAAGUUUGGGAAUGUACCACGUCCACGGUUCAACUUUGAAAAUGAUCAUGCAAACAAUGGACCCCGGACUAGCCCCUUAGACGCUGACAUUAUCAUGAGCACUUCAGAGGGAGGAUACACUCCCGCUGGCGGCUUUCUUGAAGGCCUUGGUUCUCCUACAACUGGUGGAGGUAUGGGAGUUGCUGGUACUGCUGUGGCUGGAUGCUCCGGUUUUAGGGUAGGCUUUUCUUGCCUUGGCUCCAGACAAAUAUGUGCGGUCCGGUUUGCGUAUGCAGCGAGUCAGCCUGACGAGCUAUCAAUCCAGCGUGGCGAUUACAUCCGUGUACUUGAGAAAAGUUCAGAUGGGUGGUGGCGUGGCCUUCUUGCGCAUGAGGGCAAACCGCAGUUAUCAGGUUGGUUCCCUUUAAAUUAUGUCACUUUGGCUGAGGUUGGCAAGACCUUAGGCGGGUAG